AUGCAGUUGGUAAUUACACUCAUGGCAGAUGCAACACUUCGUCUGGACUUGUCGACUGUAGAGAAGGACCAUGUCUACUACUGGUGCUCCUGCGGCGAGUCGGCUCACGAGUCACAGCCCUGGUGUGACCAAGUCGGAUGCAAGGACACCAAGCCAGAGUCCCAUUCUUGUGGCAGCUUGUGGGGAGGGGUGGCACCUCUGUGGCGGGAGCUCUUUAUUUUCGGCUCUCAAGGUUUUCAGAAAUUCGCUGUCAUGGGGAACUCGGGUAGCAGCAAGGGCUCUCCGAACACGGCCGCCAUUGACGAGCUGAUUAAUUCCAACGACAUGGUGGUUUUCUCGAGCAGCACUUGCCCCUUCUGUCAACAAGCUCUCGCUGCGCUUCGUGAGGCCGGCUACACCCCAAAGGUUGUGGAGUCUUUUGACCGCGGUGCCCUGAGCGCCAAGUGUGGUGGCUCCACAAGCGUCCCCAAGGUCUUUGUGAAGCAGAACUUCAUUGGAG